UUUACUGGAUCGAACCGGCUGCUGUUUACAAGCACCCUACUCCCUGCUUUACACACCGAUGCACACACACACACGUAGUGCGUAUUUUGCUGUAUGGUCACCCUCGUUGCCAUGUUGUAUGUAGGUUUCAGUCUUGAAAUGGACAGGAGAGGAAAAGGAGCGGUGUUUAUCGCAGCGCUGUAAUUAUACGUCGCCUCCUGCUCUGGUCAGAUUGCAGGAGGCGGUGCUGUUUCUUUUGGUUCAGGGAGAUGUGAAUAGCUUAUAUGCACCUCUUCAAAUAUAUAACUACAUCUAUGUAACUGGUGUGGCCAUUAAAAACAUGCACUUGUAACAGAUUCUGAUUAGUCUGCUUCAGAUCUUUACGUUUCCUUCCCUUCCAUCUCCUCCUCUUAUGUAAUCUUGCUCUUUUCAAUUACGUGAUGGUGAAGCCAUUUGCAGUUCAAACAUUCCCAUCACCACAAUUGUUACGGGUCAGUGUGAAGAAAUCAAUGUGAGAUAAACAUUCUGUCAGUUGCUCGCCAGCACUGUAAAUACAUAAAUAAAUAAAACCACAGAUUCUGAAGGUAAUACAGUAAUUUCAGUGACACCUUGACACUGGCUGCUCAGACAAUCAUUAAGAGUUAUAACUGUGGACCAAUGCUCCUUCUUCUGGUCGGUAACUUUAGAGUACUGAAGAAAAAAUCUGACUAGAGACUUCUGUGUCUGGAUAGGCACUAAUGUUGAGAUCGACCUUAGAACUGUAUUAAAAACACAAUAAUAUUAAUCAUGUCAGUGAGGAAAAGAUCAAACCGUCAGGCAUCUAUGUUGCCCUGUCAAUUAAAAUUAAAAAAAAACAUUUACAGCUAACUUUAAAGUUUGAUCUCCGGCUUCUCCAGUCUGCAAAUUGUCCCUGGAGAAACCUCUAAAUUAAGAUACAGACAACAUACAAGAAUAUCAGAUCUAUUCUAUGCAAAAGUGCUGGAGGGAGGAAUAAAAAGUGGGUUAAGCUGGACCCCAGACAUAAUAUGCAAACUCUCAGUGGAAGUAAAAGGGUAUUAAAUGUAAAGCGAUGGGAAUGUUGGAGUGGUGGUGGAUGUCUGAGAAGGGUGAUUAUUGUGUAUGACUGGAGAAUGUGAGGAAUGUGACUUUAAAUUACUUUCUUGCUUGUCUGGACUGCAAAGAAAGCCCUGUGUGUGUGGACGCUCUGCAAAUAUCUGUGGCACUACAUCACAGACGCAUUUGACAAUAGUUGAGUCUUAAACUCAUCACAUUGAUCACUGAGCAUUAGAGGUGACGUCAUUUUCGAGUUGAAAACAGGGUUAUGAAGGAUUUAAACAGACAUGUGUAGGAACAGUGUCGCAACAACACAGCAUAUGUAAUAUGUUUGUGCUCCACUGCUGAUAUUCUGUAAGCCGAGUGCUCUCAAGGGUUUGACCUCCUUUCAUAUUCCCGUUUCCAUGGUUUUAUCUUUCCAUGGUGUCCAGUAGCCAAACUGCUGGAGGACGGAACCAAAGGAAACACUGGUUUACUGCUCGGCAGAAUGAUAAUCACAAUGAUUAAGGAAAACUGUCAUAGUUGCAAGCCGGCUUAGUGCUCAUCUUUGUCUCUUGGUAAGCCAAGCACGGCCAAGAAUGAAGGGGUGUUUUCAAGCCCCAAGCCAACAUGAGAUGCUAGAUUAGGGUUAGGGGCUCCCUCGGUCAUCCCUCCUAAGACCCAAACCCUGCUCCCUAAUAUCCUCACUUCAACACAGAUGUCUGACGCUGCAGCGCUCAGGAACCAUAAGAGGUUUUAAUCAACCCCCGGAAUCCCAGAAAUUGACAUCUCCUGGAAAAUAGCACAAUGGAAUCAUAAAUUGAAUGCUAUAAAAUCGGAACUAAGACUAUCUUACUGUGUACGGAGCGUGAAAACACAACAGGACUUUUCAGAUCUUUAUGGUGUUAGAAACCAUAGUUUUCUCCUCUCAAGUCAUUUUAUUAUUUUGAAUCAUAAUAAUAAUAUGAAGUAGAUGUAUCUAUAUUUUUAGAGGGGUGCUAUUUUGACUAUCAAAAAGAGAAAAGGUGAUAGUUUGACAGGAAUGGUCAAACUAUCACCAGCACAACAAACUAUGGUCACUAUUGCCUCUAAAUGAGAGAUGUCCCUAAACCAUUUUUACUUGCUGAUACUGAUUCUGAGACUUUGUGAUACAGAGUUGACAAGUGACAGAUUGACAAGUGGAUUAAGUGACUUAAUCCUAGAAAAUAAAUCACAAAAAUACCAACACCAAAAUCGGUUAAACCCUUUAAAAAAACAAAUACAUAUUAAAUACAAAGUUCUAUGAAAACCAUAGAACGUUUUUAAGUAUUUAGAACAAAAAUGAAAAAAUCUAUGAAUACACAACAAUUACUAACUUCAAAUAGCUCAAAACUGAAGUCCGCCAUUUUACUUGUGAGACUAACGAUAAACCUACUCACCGCUCUAAAAACUGUACUCACCUGUGGCAGUACAACACAACAGCUGUUUUGGAGUAGUGAUGAAUAAGUGAUUUCCUGCAGUUUUUUUUCUGGGUGAAACUCUACUUUAAAGAUGUGGUAUUGGAUCAAUACAUAGAUUUGCGUACUCGCUGAUGCCCAAUCUGGCAUUUUCGUCAGUAUCGGAACAAAUAUAUCCAUAGCCAUGUAUUUGCAAUGGUUUGACUUUUAUUUUCUUAGGUUAUUGGACAAUAAUGAUCAAGAAAGGUUUCUUUUUUAUGAAGUUGUUAGAUCAUCUUGGAAUACAGGCUUCCUCUACGUUACAGGCUUACUGAAGGGAUAAGAAGUAAGAAUGGCCAGUGAUGCUUCUUUAAUUCUUGUCAGAUUGUCACCAAGCACUGACACUCCCAUAAGUCCCGUGUGCUCUAAUCCUUCAUUAGUCUGGUUCUCUCAGUCUGGUGCUUAAACCAUCCAGACCCUGCUUCACUCCUCCGUCAUCUGCUCUCAGAGUGAUCCUACUCAGGGUCUGUUUUCUUCACAUUCCUGCACUGAGUUUUGAUGAGGAUUCAAGAUGCAGUAGAUUCCUGCGCUCAAAUAUGGCUUGGAUAGAUUAGAGACCAUCUGGGGUGUGAGGAGUAGAUUAAAGGUAAAGCGGCAAGCGAUUGGCUCAUGCCUUCAAUCAUCAUGACCAGUCUGUUGAAGAUGCACUGGUCUCCGGAGCACGCUGCCCCCUUAUCUCAGUGGCCUGAGCAGCACCUUGAUGUCACCUCCACCACCUCGCCCCCGUCUGCCCACAAACACGACCCCUACUCUACAGCUGCUCGCCGUGGCUUCGGCCCCACGGGUUACCCCUGGGCCAGUGAUGACAUAUCAGCCCUCACUGCUUCUUCUCUGCUGAAACGCUAUGCAGAGAAAUACUCUGGCAUGGAGCUGUCCUACGACCGCCCCCCUGCUGGAGCCUACUCAGAGCCUGGACCUUUCCUGAAAACGGAGCCUGAGGCCUGGGCUCUGGGUCAGAGCAUGGAGUGUUACCCUGGACUAGAGGUAUUAACUGGCACCAAGGUGGGUUCUGCCUCUGUGGGCAUCCCAGCCACAGGAAGUGUAACAGUCAUAAGCAGCAACUUGGCGUCUGAGCCAAGUUACGGUGGCGCUAGCUCCUGCAAUGCCCCGUCAUCUCAGGAAUACCCUCCUGCCUACAACAGCACCUACCUGUCCUCAGGAUACUGCCCUCAGCCCAGCGCAGCACUUCCCCCCGCCACGCUACACUCUCUGCAGGCCACACCCACUCUAGUGCCCAGCUACAGCGCCAGCACUCCUGUCUACAACUACCCUCCUGGGUGCUACCCCCAAACCAGCCUGUCCUCUGGAUACAGCCACCCCAGUGCCUCCUACCUGCCCUCUGGGAUUAGUGCCCUGACUCCUCUGGCCCCUCGGCCCACCAUGUUGGGGGGGAGUUACAGCUACGCGUCUCACAGCCUUGGAGGGAGCUCCGAGGCCGGGGCGCCACUGAAACGCAAGGCUUUCGAGAUGGUGGAGGAAGGACAGGAGGGAGCAGAGGUGGAGGGAUCACGCUACAGAAAGUACGGCAACGGAAACAGUCACAGCAAGAGCCACGGCAACGUGCACGGCAACGGCUAUGAUAUUGGCGGCCCCGCCUCAGAUCCACAGGCCUACAAACCCGGAAAGCCUCUGAUGUCGCCCCCGUAUGGCGGGGCAGGGGACUACAGCCCACCGUCGGGCCUUGCAGGAGAGAGUGUAUCAGGGGAGCACAACUUUCCUCAGCAGCAGCAGCAGCAGAGAAUGUCCAUGAAGAUACCUGCCCCCCACACACGAUCUGAGGAUCCAGGUGGAGGCCGCUGACACUCUCUAUGCCACUAAUGGAGAGGAUUCCCUCGCUCUUAUAAAGCAACCAGAGUUUUUAAUCCAGGCAGAUUUGGGGGAAUGGCAUUAGGUUUAUCAACGAAUGGUUUAAUUUCACUACAAACACAAGAUGGCACAAGACUGGUAUUUCCUGUGCGUCUUUUUUUUUUCCAUCACUCAUGUUUUUUCCAAAGAUUCACAGGGGCCUUUAGCCCCCGUAAGGUCGAGGUAAGUCUUAGGGGUGAGGUCGAGGCAUUCUCUAUAUGGAUAUUAUUAAGACAGUCUAUAUGUGUGAGUGUCUGUUUCUCUCAGGAUCCUAUUUAUUUCCUUUCUGCUACUGUGGUAACAGCACUGCAAUGUUGCAGAUGUUUGAAGUCAGUGUAAUUAUUUGUGGCCGUUAUGUGUGUGACAGGCCUUUGACUGCAAUAUGUUCUACCACACCACAGAAAGAAAAAUCAUUACUGACCAAAAAAAGUAAGGAGAGCAAUAACUGAAACGGUGAGAUUGCCACACUUCUUCAGCACAAUCACUGCUACUUUACACAGCUCACUACACGCGACCUGUGUCACUCGAGAAAUGAAUGUUUCCCUGCUUUUUUCCGUUAACAUAUUCUUAACCUUUAUUUUUCAGUUUCCUUCACCUCUUUCUUUCUUCUCUGUUUUGCCGCCUCAGCAACUUGUGUCUGUGUCCAGUUUAAGCACGCCAAGCUGCUCAUCAAACGAUCACAUGAUAGUAUACAUGAAGCCGCCCUUGAGAAUGUUUUCACCUCAGGAAAGAGUGGAGAAAUAAUCUAAAUGUAAAUUAGAUUUUAUUCAUUUAAAACCUUUUUAUUUAUUUUUUUGCAUUCACACAAUGACAUUAUACAGAUUUAUGCUGACCAUGUGUUGCUUACAUGCAGAUUUAUAUCUUCAAACAAACGGGUGUGUCUGAAUGAUAAUACCUGUUCCAGUUUAUGCCUCAACUUAACCGAUGAACAAACAAAAAGGGCACUCAGUAGAGCACACCUUACACACGAUUGUCUAGUUCCUAUAGUAGAAAUAUAAAAAGGAAAAAGGAAGGGGUCAGGAAAAAAAGUUCUUAAAGCUAGGGUUGGUAAUCCUGGAAAAGUUAGCAAACUUUGUUGUUUCAGGAACAAAUCACCAACUCUACCUUUAAUCCAUAUCAGCACCAAUUCCAUCGAUUUAGUAGUUGUUGCAUAAUCCUGCUAACAAAUUAACCAACAAGCAGACAAAGGGGAAAAUGUAAUCUUCUUGGUGGAGGUAAUUACCACGCUUGAGUUUUCUUUCUGCUAAAAUUCACUCAGAGCAAACAUGUUGAAGGUGUAUGAGCCUGUUUGGAUGCACAGACCAGUGAAUGAGUGACGUGCAGAUUUCUAUAAAUGCGUCUGGGUGAGAACAUCCAACAAAGUCAACAUGACUUUCUUUAUGAAGACCUGCUUGUCCCCUAGGAUUUGCUUCUUCUUUUUUUUUCUAAAUAUGCAUUGUCUUUACCUUUGCCUCUGAAAAGGAUGAUUUAUAGUUGUGUUAUUGAAUACUCAGGAAGAAUAUUGUUACCUCAGAAUGAUAAAAAAAAAAAGAAUGUAUGUUAUUACCUUUGGGUGUUUGUAAGGAGCUUUAAGGAGCAAGAUGAAAAUGGAGCCAUGGCUUUGUCAAAGAGAAAAAGAUACUCUGAACACUUCAGGGAAAUAAUGAACUUACAAGGCCUUUGAUACAAACCGUAGAAUAUAUACACACACACACACACACACACACACACACACACACACACACACACACACACACACACGCACAUGCACACGCACACACACACACACACACACACGCUGCUUCUUAGCUCUGGGGGAAUUAAACUUGAGGUUUUUGUACCAAGGCCUGAAAUGUUGAAUGUAAUUCAGAUAUUUUUUUUAAAAAGGACAAUACAUGCCAUAAUGUACAUCGAUUUAUGUUUUUAGAUAUAUGAAACAUAUUUUCUUCUUGUAUAGAUGUAAUUCUCUUCUAGGUUUUUGAUGGAGCAAUGAAUGACAUGUUAAGUGUUAGUGUAGUUAGCAGUGGGGCAAUGGUUUUGUGGACAAAAAAAAAAAGUCAAAGCAAAGCACUCCUGAUAGACGACAUUCGACAUAUCAAGACACACAGUACGUACCAUGCUCUACAACAGGUAUCUUCAUUAAUUGUCUUAAUACAGUGUCCAGCUUCCAUUUCCCAUGUCAGUAUUGUAAAACUACUUGACGGCACGUCACCGGUCAAUCAGCUGGAAUUUAGCUUUAACGUGAAUUGACACCAUGAAGAAGGGAGAAGUUAAUUGUGACAGAGGUGCACUGUAAAAAGUACAGUCACAACUUUACAUCCUUUUUUUUGCGGCUGUGAUGUUUCAUCCCAUCAUGAAUUGUGCCAUACCGUUGUAUUUUGUGCGAAGAGAAGCCCCUCGGAGGCUGAAACAAAACCAAACUCCUGCCUAAACGCAUGAUCCCCUUUUAAUAGUAAAAUUUUUUUAGGCUGAGAUGCAACUUCAGAUUUUAGUCUGAAAUCCAGUGUGGUGAAAAAAGUACUUUAAUGCCUCUUUUUGGAAAUAUAAGCACAUUCUUUAAAAAAAAAUUAAACUUAAUCAGAGGGUUAAACUGAUUUUGCUUCAAAUUAUGCUGAGGAAGAAAAAUGACAGAUGAAUAAAUUGAUGUAAAGCAUAUAAUGGUGUAUUCUUACCCCCAGAUUUUAAAAGUGUUUAAGCGCUUAGCUUCAACAAUUGAAUGCUCUUCAAUACCACACAGAGAAUGUGCUCUACAUUAACCCACGCGCUGCGACAGACGACGGAUUAUUCGCUGUUUAUUCAUGGAAGUAUGUGGAGUUGAGUUUGUCCACAAGAUCAAGAAAUGGGAUUUCAGUGUUAUGACUUUUGUGAUUCAGUUGUUCUUUUGUUGUAUCUUGUACAUUUUCUGUAACCACUUCUACCUCAUUCUGAAGACGAACAUUGAAAUAUUUAUUUCAUGUCAUUUCACUAACCAGUCAAUACUUGACCUGUUCUAGUCUACCUCACUAAAGACUGUUGUGUCAUGGAAAUGAAGAUAUACCAAAAAAAUAA